AUGGGCAUCAGGCUACUUUCUGCCAACUAUCCAUCUCCUGCAGCUGUUACUCCUCCCCCUUCCCAGAAAAAUGACCCCCGGCAACGCCCAUCACUCAAUCCCCAGUUCCUCUCAAGAGUUCCUGUUGAGAUCAUUCAUAAGAUCAUGCUUCAUGUCAUCAACUCGAGUUCUCGCUCCGCUCGCUCCAGGCGAGCACUCUUGCUGAGGCUUUCGUCAACCUGUUCCUAUUUUCACAAUCUCUUCAGGAAUGAUGUAUACUCCAGAAUUACAACCCGUUCUGCUUUAUCUCUAAUCAAAUUCGUUUCAUACCUCUCGAUAUCCUCUUGGCCUGGUCAAAACACUGCAUUGAAGUCUUUAACCCUCUGCUGGCUGCAAAAAACACAGUAUUCGUUCUAUACAACACCCCAUGCACGACGCGAGGCGUCCAAAAAGAUUAUCCUAAACAUUAGGAUUGUCUUGGAGUUGCAUACUGAAGCACUUGAAUCUCUGACUCUCGAUUUCCCGGGGGCUGGGAUUGCUUUUCAGACUGCCAUACUCACAGUGCCGGGCUUUGUCAGUAAACAACACUUGAAGUAUCUUCGUAUCACCAAUGGUCUCUGCCCUUUGUUUCAGCCUGCCACGUUUCUUCUCUGUGCAAUUUCUUCGCUGUGUGCACAAAGUCUAGAGCAACUGAUUAUAGACAUGGGCUGUGAGACAUUUCGUCUCAGCGAUGAGGAAUAUUACCCUCCCAGAGUCGUUGUUCCUGGAGAUCAAAUGUUUAGAACCUACGAAAGUUUAGAGAGGCUAAAGAAACUUCAAGUAAAAGGUAUUGGAGGAUUCACAGACGAGUGUUUAGCAUGGAUUGUAGGUGGGUGCCAGUUGUUGAACUCCACUAAAAAUGGAAAUUCAUUGAUCCUAGAGGGGUGUCAAUCUUUAACGGAGAGGGGUGUCAAGAGGAUCCUAGCCUCCAUGAAUGAAGAUUCAAAGACCUAUACGAGAAUUAGAUACUCGUAUGUGGAACCGGUAGUGAAUAAAAGCAAUGUUCCUACGCCGGAUACCUGGUGGGCACUAUUUGGUCACGAUGAAACCUCUAGCUCUACUAUCGACGAUGACAGGACAUUCAGUUUCUUAUCUGAUGGCGGUUCCUUUAAUGCCCUAGCGAGAAUCAGCUCUAGGGUGUCUGAUACAACCCAUGAGGAUUCUGAUACCUUCGAAAAUUAUUUGGAUAGCACUGGGAAUCGUUCAAGCAAAAGGUCUCAAGGUUCAUAUCCAUCCAGGUAUGCUCGCCAACGGGCAUAUACUCAACAUUUCGUACAGCAAUAUAAUCGCGAAGCCCAUAUCUGCGACUCCACUGCGAAUGGUUGCCGAAAUCUCCCUCGACUCGAUGUUCCAUUUUAUGACCUUCCUUGCUCUCCCAGUUAUGGUUAUUGUAGCAGCGAGCUUGGGAAUUCUCGUUCGAUGGCUGAUCAGGAAUGGAUGGUCGAUGAAGAUGCUAACUCUAUUAACUAUCAUCUCGAAUUCGGUAUGACGAGACGGACCUCGGACCCUAGCGUUGAGGGACCACUCCAGAAACCUUCUGACGACACUCCUUCCUCCGGUUUUCUUAAGCGCUCGUUGAGUGAUCCUCUUCCUGGAUUCACCACUAAGAAAGGCGAUAGAAAGACAAUGAACCUCAAUAGUGGGGACUUCAAGAGACUUACUAUGCUCGUGGAGGAUGUUCCUAUGGCGAAAGGUCUUAGCUUGCUACUUGUUGAAAAGAAAUACGUGGAGGAUUUGAAGGUUUCUUAA